AUGUCAUCACAAAAGAUCGAUCUUACACAAUUGGGGCCUGAACAAUUGACAGCAGUCAAACAACAAUUUGAUCAAGAAUUACAACAUUUCAAUCAAUCAUUACAAGCUUUAACGAUAGCCAAGACCAAAUUUACAGAUUGUAUAUCUGAUAUCAAAGCCAUUAGUCAACCUAAGAAUGAUGAACAAAAAAUAUUGAUUCCAGCUUCCGCAUCUUUAUAUAUCCCAGGUACCAUUAAAGAUAACAAGAAAUUUAUGGUCGAUGUCGGGACAGGCUAUUACGUUGAGAAGAGUGACGUGGAUGCCAUUUCAUUCUAUCAGAAGAAAAUUGAUAAAUUGAAUUCAGAAUCAGGACAAAUUCAAACCAUCAUUAAGGAAAAGACUCAAUCUUCGUUGGCCAUUGAACAACAACUUCGUCUUGCCGCGAUAAGACGUCAUGAAGAAAUGGCCAAACAACAGAAACAACAACAACAACAACAAGGAUCUCAAUGA